AUGGCUGACUUAACAUCUGCCAAGAAGCUGCUUGAUAAUUGUCAAGAAUUCCUCUCAUCCUUCAGAGAAAAGGGUCUUUUAGACGCAAUGAUAUCCGCUGAGGAAAUUGCCGUAGAAUUGGAAAUUGAACCGGUUUUCACAGCCGAGGGAUUGAGGAAGAAAUCAAAGCAGUUUUCGCAUGAAGGUUCAGACGUAGUUAGUGGUACCAUGGAAGAGCUUUUUAAGAGAGAUGUUUUCUUACCCCUUGUUGACAGUGUGACUACAUCUCUUACUGAACGAACCGUCCAGCUAAACAAACACCAUUCUCUAUGGGGUUUUCUGUACGACUUGGGAAAGCUGCCAGAAAAAGAAGAACUGAUGAAGAAUUGCCUAAACCUUCAAGAGUUUCUAACAUUCCAAAAUAUCAGUGACAUAAAUGGAAAAUACUUGUAUAAUGAAAUUAUUCAUGUUAAAACUAUAGUGAACCAUGAAGAAGAAAAAUCGAGUAAAGUUUUGUCUCCUGUCAAGGUAUUAAAAUGUAUAAAAUCACAUGACCAAAAGGACCUAUUUACUAAUUUGUGGAUUGCUCUACGUAUCAUGCUGACCAUCCUCCUGACUGUGGCGAGUGCUGAGCGAAGUUUUAGCAAACUAAAACGUACCUUCGCUCCACUAUGA